AUUGUUUCGCCUGGUUUCCUAUGUGGGAGUUCUUGGUUUUUGUUGAUUUUUAGAUGAAUUUCGCUUCCUCGCCAUGCACCGGCGGUUUGCUCCUUGUGCCGACCUCAACUCAGCAGAGAAAAUCAUUACUGAUCUGACCUAGCUAGGACAGAGAAGAACCAGGAAGCACAAAUUUGCUACAGGAUGGCAAACACAUGGCAAUUAGACGAACUCUUCUUCUUCUUCUUCUUCUUCUUCUUCUUCUUCUUCUUCUUCUUCUUCUUCUUCUUCUUGUGGUUUUCUAUAGUAUUUGCGGGUGAGUUCUUGUUCUCUGCCUGCUUGCCUGUACCGUAGUUACUGCUGUUGGGGGCACGCUUACCUAUCGACAGCAGUACAACAACUUCUGCUCAUGCAGUUAAGUCCAUUAAACGCACUACAGCUUCACCCUGCAUCUUCAACUUUUGUACCUGUUACGGCGGAAUCGGCGCACGGCUCUCCAACUCCAAUCCCAAUCCCCGGUACGCUAUCGGGAGUAGAUUCUGUGCGCAUCGCGUUCUUGCCGGACGCCGGUUCUUCUUUCUCUUCUCUUCUGAGAGAGUGUUCUUGCCGUUCUUGGACAACAGCUUCCCGUUGAUUCGGAGACACACAACUCUGCUCUCUCUGAAUCGGCGGCUCGGUGAUGGCUUGGUGGAGAUAGGCCGCGGACCAUGAAGCUAGUUUGCAGGACCGAGCAUUUCACAGAAUAAAUGGUUGAGGACAAAAAUCCAUCACAAGAUAUGGUAGACAUAGCUGGACAUGUAGAGCAGGAGGAUCCUUCUUAUGAAAAGGACAUCGUGGAGAUCAAAUUGCCAGACAGUGUUGCUUCUUUUGAUUAUGGUGGUAAUUUUGUCAAAGAUGUCUGCAUUGAUGACGGACAACCUCUUCCUCGGAAGAUUUCAGAAGAUAAAGUAGUAGAUGAAAAGUCAUCUCCAAAUUUUGAUUGUCAAAUGAUACACGCAAAUGGUGCUCCGACGUACAUAGAAAAAGAUUGUGCUGCAAAAUCUUUCCACAAACCGAAACCAGAAGCAGUUCAACCUGUUCAUUUUGCUCCUGAUAGUAACAAUGAGAAACGAUAUUCUUCUUGUGAAAAACAUGAUCCUGAAGGCAGGAGUAAAGCCACUAAUUUUGGUGAUCUCAGUGAGAGGAAAAUAAGUUUGGAAGAAUUACUUAGACUCGAAAGUGCAGAAGAGUCCCUGCAUAAAGGUGCAAUAAGCUCUGAAACCAGUAAAAAUCAUAUGCCAUCUUUCCAUGGAGCAGCAGUCGGGCAGGUUUCCGCAAAUGUGGGUCAUGGAGUCGAAGCUAUUGCAUCCAAAACCAGUAGUCUUGUUAAUGAUAUUGUAUCAAGUAAGAACAACAUUAAUGAUUGCUCAGUAACAACCUCUGAAGAAUGUGAUGCAGCGGCAUCAUUUGAUGCGAGAGGACAGAACCUAAUUGAUCACUAUAAUCCUUUUGUUGGUCAUGGGUUCCUAGAGGAUACAUGUAAACCAGAAUGCUCUACAUCAGCAAUCGCAGAUGCUGCUUCGACUGGACCUAUCUGCACUUUCGAGAAGACUGAUACUAUUAGUGCUGAAGGAUUUAAUGAAGUCAAAAUAACUGAACCUAGGGUUGAUGCUCUGAGUUCUCUAGGUUCAGAGAUCCGAUCGUCUGCGAAGAGCAAUGAUCAGAAUGGAAGUAUUACGGGUGAAACAAUAACCAACAAGAUGCAUGAAACAGAAGCAGCUACAACUUCAUCAGCUGAAAAUGUAGAGCCCAAUGGAGCAAAUGGGGAGAAUAGUGAAAAACAUGAGACUGGUGGUACCGCCGAUAUACAUGGUUCCAGCCAGAUAGAUGAAGGAACUAAUGAUGACGCGGUUAGUAGGAGUCCUGUGCUGGCACAACAUGAUAAUGUGUGCGAACAGAAUGCACCUGAUAGUGCAAAAGCGCCAUCUCGAACUGGAAACGGUUACCCCCCCUUUGAACCGGGUUUUGGUCCUAGUAUUAUGUCUGCUCCAGUGUCAAACUCUGGCCAUCUUGCUUAUUCUGGCAAUAUCUCCAUCCGGUCAGAUAGUAGCACGACCAGCACCCGGUCCUUUGCAUUUCCAGUAGUGCAGAAGGACUGGAUCAGCAGCCCGGUGAGGAUGGCGAAAGGAGACCGGAGGCGCACCAGGCGGCGCCGAGGCUGGAGGAAGGGGCUUCUCUGCUGUAAAUUCUGAGCGCGUUUUCCCUGAAGAGCUUUUAUAUCUGUUCUAUUGCAGGUUAAGUUCAUGGCUUGUGCUCCCUCUGUUCGGAAUUAACUGUCGCUGAAGUGAGUAAAUCUACACACUGAAACGCGUCUUAGAUACACUCAUUUCAGCGACAGGUAAUUCCGAAUGGAGGUAGUAAUAAUUUGUAUCAUGAGAGUGAGGUGAGGAGUGAAAGAGGUAUAUAUAGUUGUAGUGUAGCGAUCGUGCUUGGCACUAGGUCCUGCAUGAAUUAGCUUUAUUGUUCUUGUUAGUUUGAGCUCAUGGUUGGUUGAUUACCCGUGCUUGAUUCAUAUUUCAGAGAGAGUGUUACAAACAGCUAGUGCUUUGAACGGUGUCUCAGCGUUGUUUUGUUA